UUGUCACCAGGUCCUUGGUUACACUUAGGAACAUGCCCAAAGUGGUGUCUCGGUCGGUGGUUUGCUCAGAUACUCGUGAUCGUGAGGAAUAUGACGACGGCGAGAAGCCUCUCCAUGUUUACUACUGUUUGUGCGGCCAGAUGGUCCUGGUUUUGGACUGUCAGUUAGAGAAAUUGCCCAUGAGACCCCGGGACAGAUCCCGUGUGAUUGAUGCUGCCAAACAUGCCCACAAGUUUUGUAACACAGAAGAUGAGGAGACUAUGUAUCUUCGGAGGCCUGAAGGCAUUGAAAGACAAUACAGGAAGAAGUGUGCAAAGUGCGGACUCCCACUGUUCUACCAGUCCCAGCCGAAGAAUGCUCCUGUAACCUUCAUUGUGGAUGGAGCAGUAGUGAAGUUUGGCCAGGGUUUUGGGAAAACAAAUAUAUAUACCCAGAAACAAGAGCCUCCCAAAAAGGUAAUUAUCAUUAAAGGAGACGAACGCCCAAGAGAAGUUGCUGACUCAUAUGCCCAGAAUGCCAAAGUGAUUGAAAAACAGCUGGAGCGUAAAGGCAUGAGCAAGAGAAGACUGCAAGAGCUGGCUGAACUGGAAGCCAAGAAAGCAAAAAUGAAAGGAACUUUGAUUGACAACCAGUUCAAAUGACAGGACUCGGCUCUGAGCCCGAAACAGAGGCAAGCAUUUAGAUAUGGAGGAAAAAUCCUUUCUUGCUGAUGUGAACUGGUUUCUAUUCAUGCCCCAGAAGAAAGCUCUGUGUUGCCUCCCAUUGAGUCUCCUACAUUAAGUCUUUGAGUCCAUUUGACCUGCUCUCUAUGAAAUAGAUUGUUCUAUAUUUUUCUGUGUAUAAAUUUUCUGAGAAUUUUUUGUCCAUGUGAUGGAAACUUCUUCAGCUGUGUGGCAACUGAAUCGAUCAAUGCUUGAGUAUCUCCAGUUUCUAAAAUGGCUGUUAUUAUGGCUUUUUUUUUCAUGUCAGAUGAGUAAUGUGCCUACGUUGUAACAUGGUUUGAGGGAGGCACAGCUCAUGCAUUAUAAGACAUGAAUACCCAAUCAUCACACUCAUGAACUGAAGGAUCACUGUUAUUAUUCUUUCUUUGAACUUAGCAACAUUUCAAUUUCAAUAUUAUGGAAUCUUAUAGAGAAAAAUGGCAUGAAUUAUAUUUGAAAUAACAAGUAAAAUUCUUUGAAGUGACUCUCUGGUCUUAGAAUGGUUCUUAGAAUUUUCUGUAGUUUGAAUCUUUCUACUGUCAGCAGAGAUCCAUUAAAGGGAAAAUCUGCUUAAAGCUUCCUUUACUUCAAAUAUUAGAGAUGUAGACGAGCCAGGCCAUAUCAGACUUUGUACCUGUAUCAGGGAAACCCAAAGAGCUUGAGGUGUAUGUGGUGGCAGAGUGGGUGCUAGGUAUGCGUGGGGCUGUGGUUUCCAUCCCCAGCACCAUGAAAGAAAGAAGACAAAAGCCAGAUUGUAGUGAGUGGGUAGAAUGUAGCUCAGAUUUGAAUUAGUAAGUAGCCCAAACGAGCUGCUAUCUAAUCUGUAGCUAGAAGUGCUGCUUCUCUGAGAGGGGGAAGAUAUUGUAGAGACUGAGAUAAUGGAAAUGGUCUGUUAAGCAACUUUUAUUUUACACUUGUCAUUUGCAGAGGAGUGUUAUAUGUGUGUUAGUUAAUGUCAUAUACUGCCUUAGUGCCACCAACUCACACGGUUGGAUCUGGGUUUUGUCUGUUCACCAGUAUUGCAAGGCGUGGGACAGGAAGUGUGGUAGCUGUCUCGUGUUAUCCACAAUAGAUUCUGCUUAGGAAGCACCACGCUUUGCUGGUAAUGUGCUACUGGGAAGUAGUAGAGCCGUUUGCUUUGCUUUGUGUCUGGUUUCCUUGUUUGCAGGGAAAAAGUAGGUUAGAUAUAAGAGAUAGAAGCUGGCAAGACCUGCGGAGGGGUCCUGGGAAGGUCCGGCGUGGGGCUGUGCUACCAACUGCCCCAGUUGUUCUCCUGUGUUCUGGGAGGUUUUGCAACUGAGCCUUCCCCUUCCCCUCAUUCUGAGAGAAUUAACCAUUCUGCAGGUGAACAACUGUGACCUCUUCAGUUUCUCAGCCUCAGCUUGAAACAGUGACCUCUACUUUUAUUCCAAUGCAGCUGUGAUCUCUCAGUACAGCCUGAAUAUCUACAGCACCUCUGAAAUCUAGUAUUCUGAUCUCAGUCUCCUUUCAUAUCAUAUGCUCUCUGCAAAUCUGUUUUGUUUUUGUUUUUGGCGGGGGACUUUUAUUAGUAGUAAUGAAGAAAAAUAGUAAAGGUAAUAGCACCAGUAAUGCAAGCUCUUCUUUAUUGAGUACUUACCAUGUAUCAGGUACUGUGGAAAACACUUUAUAGGGCUUAUCUUACUCUGAACAAUAGUCUUAUGAGAUAGGUCUAAAUGCUACUAUUCCCAUUUUACAAAUGAGUACUCUGAGCGUCCAAGUGUUUAAGUUUCCAAAGAUCCCAUAGUUGGUAAGUGCUACAGCCAAGUCCGACUUUGGAGUUCUUGCUGCCCUCUGCUGUGUGCCACUUUGCCUUGGAGCCAGCUGAGGAUGGACUGAAAAUU